GAAGUCUUUGGGUUUCCAGGAUCUCAGCUCUCAUCUGGAGAACCUUCUGUCUGAAGGAGAAUCACCUGAGGACAGCACAGGAGGGAGUGGGAGACACUCCGGACUCGUAUGCUUACGAUGGGAACCGAGUCAGGAAGUGGAACGUAACCACCACCAACUACGGAAAGUCUUGGGCAGCUGGAGACGUGGUCAGCUGUCUGCUCGAUCUGGAUGAGGGAACCAUCACGUUCUGUCUGAACGGUCAGUCUCUCGGUACGGCCUUCACCAACAUAAAGACAGGUCCUGGCGUGGCCUAUUUUCCUGCCAUCAGCCUGUCCUUCAAAGAGUCGGUGGCCUUUAACUUCGGCAGCAGGCCGCUCAGGUACCCUGUGGAGGGUUACCUGCCCCUCCAGGACCCCCCCACCACAGACCUGAUCAAGGCCCACAAACUGCUGGGAUACAUCAAGAACGUCCUGUCCACCUCUAUGGACAUCCAGGAGGACAAGCUGCUGGACAGGGACUGUGCAGUUUGGAGGCUUCAUGGAGAUCCAACGGUCCUCAUCACUCUCGCUCACAUCUUCAACCACUUUGCUCCUCUGAUGUGUAAGGUUUACCUGGUGGAGGACGUCCUGAUGAACUUCCUGUUGGGGAUCCUGGAGGGAGGAGGUUCUGUGGAUGAGCACCCCCUCAUCCAGCAGCUGUUGGACCUGUUCUGGCUGCUGAUGGAGGAGCACGAGGUGAACGAGUGUCUGAAGCAGCUGAUGAUGUCCCUGCUGAGGGCGUACCGCUUCUCCCCCAUCAUCCCAGACCUGGGCUUUCAGAUUCACUACCUGAGACUGACCACAGCCAUCCUACGUCAUGAGAAAUCCAGGAAGUACCUGCUCAAUAAUGUCUUGUUUGAUGUUCUGCGCUCAGUUGUGUUUUUCUACAUUAAGACCCCUCUAAGGGUGAAGGAGGCGGGGCUAGAGGAGCUCAUCCCCACCACCUGGUGGCCCACACAUUUCGACAAGGAGGGUAAAGAUGAGCGCGAACCCAAAGAUGAAAGUUCUGACGAGCGUCUGAGGCGUCGAGCUUACGAGAGAGGCUGCCAGAGACUGAAGAAGAGAAUUGAAGUGGUAGAGGAGCUGCAGGUUCAAAUCUUGAGGCUUCUGCUCAACAACAAGGACAAAACUACGGGAGAACCGUCACGCUACAUUUUCCUCAACAAGUUCAGGAAGUUCCUGCAGGAGAACGCCAGCAACCGAGGGAUGACCUGGCCGGUAAAGCCAACAUCAUCAUUGACCCGGCAGAGAUCCACAGCACCUCCAUGGACGAUCUGGACGAGGAUGAGGAGAGUGGAGCAGCACAGAGACCGUUUGGAGCUGCAGCCAUGGGAGCGGCUCUGGCUCGUCCCACCUGGUUAAGUUCUCCUACUUUGGGCCGGGCCAACCGGUUCCUGAGCACGGCCGCCGUCAGCCUGAUGACCCCGAGACGACCUCUGUCCCAGCCCGAGAAGGUGAAGGUCCGAACCCUGGCUGUGGAGCAGCGUACCGAGGAGGACAUCGAAGGAAGCCUGGGUUCAGACGGGCUGCUGCUGGGCCGGCCUCAGGAGGAACCGGACCAGCCCAUCAUCGACAAGUCUCUGCUGGAGAUCUUGGACGGGAUCGUGAUGAUGUACAACCUGAGUGUGCAUCAGCAGCUGGGGAAGAUGGUGGGAGUGGCUGAUGAGGUCCAUGAGUACGCUGUGGCUCUGAAGGACACGGAGGAGAAGAUCGCUCGUUGUCCUUCCAGG